AUGGACAGCCCAUCCGAUGCUGCCUCCCACGCGCCACCUCGACCCCUCUACAAUGCAGGCACACUGGGCAAGAUACGCCAGCUUGUUGGUGUCGCUACCCUCUGCAUGGCGAUGCUCCUCACCCAGUCAUCUCUAGGUCAAUCCGUCGUGCCCAUCCGCAGCAUCGCCCGCACAUUCGACGUUGAGCACUCCGACGCGCAGCAGUCGUGGUUCGCUGCCGCAUUCUCCCUCACAGUCGGCACCUUUGUGCUGCCUGCAGGUCGCAUCGGCGAUCUUGUCGGUCACAAACCCGUCGUCAUCAUCGGAUACGCCGUCCUCGGUUUGUGGUCCCUUCUCGCUGGCCUUUCCCACUACACCGGGUCGUACAUCUUCUUCGACGUCUGCAGAGCCAUGCAAGGCUUGGGAUGUGCCAUACUGCUACCCAACGCGCUCGCCAUCUUGGGCAGAGUCUUUGCGCCUGGCUCGUACGCAAAGCAUCUCACCUUUUCCGUUUUCGCCGCCACCGCACCCAACGGCUUUCUGGUCGGCGCCCUGUUCACCACGCUGAUGGACAUGAACAGACGGAUGGGUUGGUGGUGGGGCUUCUACGUCAUGGCCAUCACAUCGGCGCUUUUGGCGGCACUCUGCUCUUUCGCUCUACCGAAUGAAGACGAGAUGCGUGCUGUCAGCGCGUCGUGGAAGCUUGACCGCAAGGACGACAGCGACCAACCGUCUUCAGACGCAGCCAGCCUGGGUCCGAUGGAUGACAUCUCGCACAAGGACGCUCCGCUAUGGAAGCGCCUGGAUUUGUUUGGCACCUUGACUGGUGUCACAGGCCUUGUCCUUUUCAACUUUGCUUUCAACCAAGCGCUCGUCGUGGGCUGGUCGACGCCCUACGUAUACGCCCUUCUCAUCGUCGGAGUUCUCUUCAUAGGCAUUUUCAUCUAUGGCGAAGGCAAAGCAGCGUUCCCGCUCCUUCCGACCAGCGUCUUCCACCUCUCGGGGUCCUUGAUCCUGAUCAGCUUGGCGAUGGGCUGGGCAGGCUUCGGUAUAUGGAUGUUUUACAAUAUCAACCUACUAGCCCAGAACGUACGCGGAUAUUCACCCAUCUUUACCAUCCUCAGCUUUGUGCCAGCCGGCGUAGCGGGCAUUAUAGCGGCUUUCAGCUCUGCUCAGAUCCUCGGACGCACGAGCCCUGCGUUCAUCAUGCUGCUCUCUUUGCUCGCCUUCUGCAUCGGCAGCAUCGUCUCCGGCGCCACACCGGUACGCGUCGAAGCACUGCCAUACAUCUCCUCGGCCAUCAUGCCGUUCGGAAUGGACAUGUCGUUCCCUGCCGCGAGCAUCAUCCUCAGCGACCUCCUGCCGGCUCAUCAGCAAGGCACCGCAAGCAGUAUCGUGAAUACUGUGGUCAACUACAGCAUUGCUCUGGGUCUCGGUUUCGCCGGUGUUGUCGAAACGCACGUCAACGACGGUGGGAGAGAUGUGUUGAAGGGAUAUCGUGGUGCGGGGUAUAUGGGGAUCGGAUUCACAGGCGCGGGAGUUGUGUUGGCGUUGAUCAACUGGGGUCUACACCUGCGGCAGAGCAGGAAAGACAGAUCCCAAGGCAUGGGUCAGAAUGAAGGCGAGAAGGCUUAA